UUUAUACACUGCAAUAUAGUCAAUCCUUUGAAGAGAUGGCUUACAAUGCUAGGUUGUUGUUUUUGUCAAUGUUCUUGGUGUUGAUCACUUUCUCCAAUGUGGUUGAGGGUUAUAAGAAACUCCGUCCUGAAGAUUGCGAACCGAAAUGUAAAUACCGAUGUUCAGCAACGUCACACAAAAAGCCAUGCUUAUUUUUCUGUAAAAAAUGCUGUGCAAAGUGCUUGUGUGUGCCUCCUGGAACUCAUGGCAACAAAGAAACAUGUCCUUGCUACAACAAUUGGAAGACUAAGGAAGGAGGUCCUAAAUGUCCUUAGACAUACUGCACAAUUUUAAUUUCUUUGAUUUGUUUCUUUAGUAGUUAGAGUUAAUUCUUAAUUAGGAUUAUAUACAAUUUUAAUUAUUCUAUUGUUACAUGAGACUCUUCGGUGAAUUUUUAUUAGUAGCUAGAAGAGUAUUAUGGUAAAAUAAGAGACUGAUGAGGAAGUAUUAUCAUGUUCCAAUUUUAUUGAAUGUUUAUUGAAAGUGAGUUUAUUUCUAGCUUAA